UUAAUGUAUAUAGUAUAAUGAAUUUUAUAGUUGCACAUGAAUGUAAGGUUUCAUCUAAUAAAACUAAACAUUUUACAUUUUCAUACAUCCUAUUUAUUCAAGGUUUUGUUCUAAUUACUGUAUACGUGAAAAUUGAAGUUAUCAUUAUUCUUAUAACUUUUUGACUUUAUUAAUAUGAUAAUAACAGAAUAGGUUAGAAUAAAGCAGUGUAAGGCGAAAGUGCAUCGCAUGAUUGCCUGUCUUUUAGGAUGCUCGAUCAAUGGUGCAACUAUUGCAGAUUCGUUCGGGAUGACUUCUGUCAUGGUGAAAUUGUUAAAUAUAUAAUGAUAUAUAAUGACAUUUAAAUUAAUGUUUCGCAUUUUGAAAUUUUAUUUCUGAUAUUAGCCUUAAAACCACCUGUACAUUAUGUUGUACUUUUUACAUUUGUUGUAACGAAUCUUACUAUUGUGCCUUGACGAAAGAAACGGAAAGAGAAUGGCUCGACCGAAACAUAGAGUUAAUACGGAUAUAUGUGCUGACUGUGGAGCCCUCGGUAAAUAACCAGGAUGGGCUUCACUGAACAGAGCUAUUUUACUAUGCGAUGAUUGUUGUGGUAUGCACCGUAGUCUUGGUCGUCAUAUAUCCCAUAUAAAAUCACUCCACAAAAGUAUUUGGCAUACAAAUUUACUGAAUAUGGUACAUACAUUGAAUGAUAAUGGAGCAAACAGUAUUUGGGAACAUUCCCUAUUAGAUCCUAAUAACUCAAAAAUUAAUAGAAGGAAGCCACAGGCUAAAGACCCGCUACAUCCAAUAAAGGCUGAUUUUAUUAAAGCAAAACAUCAACAUUUAGCAUUCAUAUUACGUCCAAGUAAAGAGGAAUGUUGUAGUGAAGAAGAAUUAAGUAGACAGCUACAUAGUAGUGUUCGUACAAGUAAUUUAGAAACUUCUUUAAGAUUACUUGCACAAGGUGCUAAUCCAAGUUAUUUUUACAAGGAAAAAGGUACAACACCUUUACACGUAGCUGCUAGAGCAGGACAAGCUUUACAGGUAGAACUCUUAAUAGCCAAUGGUGGUAAUCCUAGUAUGAUUGAUUUAAAUGGACAGACACCUGCUGAAAUUGCAAAAAUGGCAGGGUAUAUAGAAUUAUCAGAACGUAUUGUUGAAUGUAUGUAUGAAGUAACAGACAGACUGACGUAUUAUGUAUGUUCACGCAAACCCGAUCAUCGAUUAGACGAGCAUAUAAUUGUUCCUGAAUGUACAUUAUUGAGAGAUCAAAGUAAUUUAUGUUUAGAAGGAAGAAAUAGAUUACAACUGUUAUCAAACCAUUUACUGGAAGAAUUAGCCAUGGAUGUUUAUGACGAAGUGGAUCGCCGAGAAAAUGAAGAAAUUUGGUUUACAACUGCAUCUUCACCAGAAAGAUGUCCAGUACCAUUUCUGCCAGUGAAUCCACAACUAUCAUCUACAAGAAAUCAAGGUAGACAAAAGUUAGCGAGAUUCACGCUAAAUGAAUUUAUGACCCUUAUUGUAGAUCUACUUAUUGAAGCUCGCAGAAGACAUAUGCUUGCGAAUAAUGCAUCGUUACAAGAUCCAGCCAGUUCUGCGCUUCGCAAGGAACAGCUUGGAAAAUAUCGGUCACAAAUGUCUGAUGAUGAACCUUUGUAUGAUAGCGUCGCGUCUGACGACGAUUAUGCGUUGACAUCAACAGAUAAUGCGAUACCUGAAUAUUCAACAAAGUUCAAAAUGAAUAACGAGGAAGCAUUCGCGCCAUUAGCCAGAGGGCUUCCGUCUGUCGUAGAGGUUUUGAAAAAACAAUUAACUCUCUCUGAAUCUACUGUCAGAGAUCUCCGUGAGCAGAUACAUACUUUACAAAAUACUAUAGAACAACUUACGCGUGAAAAUAAUGAACUGAAACAAAUGAUUCAUAUGAAAGAAUCCACCGAUGGUAUCGUUAAUGGUCAUGUCGGUGGUGAACAAGAGCCAGAGUUAGAACCGGUGCUUGAUAUAAAAACAUCUCUUACAAGAAGUAAUCAGCGACCUGCAUCUAUGUACGAAACAAGAGAAGGUUUGAGAAAACCUUCUUCAUGGUCAACAUCUAUUUGUCAGUCAAAACGAGAUCAAGAGACGAUAUCUCGAAGCAACACGCAAAGUAUGUGGGAAUGCGGUGCUCCUAAUCUUCCUCCUAGUGAAGAAGUUACACGAAGAACUGAACAAGUUACAAGAAGAAUACAGGAAUUAUGGAUGGCCAUGCAGGAUCGAAAACAACGAGAAGCUUUCGUACCUUGUGCAGAAAGAAUCAGAGUUGCUGUUGCCGAGCUUACAGCUAUAUUUCCUCAAAAUCCCAUUGAAGAAAAUAUUAGAUCUGCUUUACGCCAAUUGAACGGUAAUACAGGAAGACUUCAAGCAGAAUGCUCUGGUCUUCAAAGAUAUACUAGCGAUAUUGAACACAUGGACCGGUGUCUUCAACAAGUACGUUCAUGUGCUUAUGACAUUGCCAAAGCAACGAAGCUUCUUGUUACCCAAUUUCAAACAUAACAAAUCAAAGGCAAAGUAUUACAAUUUAAAUAAUUUUCUACACUUGAUGUAUAUAAGUUGUACAGACACCUAAAAUCGUAAUACUCAAAAUCAUCACAAACAUUUAAUAAGUAUUCAUUUUAUAUUACAUAAAAAUAAUUUGUUAUCUAAUAUUCUUAUGUUUAUUUUUAAUGUAAAUAAUGCAAAUUUUAACGCAUGAACGCUCGUAUAGAUAAGAAACAUGACAUUUUUGAAGAUUCUAUAUAUAUAUAUAUAUAUAAUCUACGUAUAUAUGUAUAGAUUAUAAUUUUUAAUAUGUCGUAAAGACUGAGUAGCCACAAACCAAUGAAUUUUAUUAAUAUGCAAUUUAAGUUUAUACACUUGUAAUUGUUGCUCGUAUAAGCUGGCAUGCAAGAAACAUUAAUAUGGGAAAAACUUUAUUUGUGUGAUAAAGAAAACGUUUGAGUGCAAUAUGGAAAGAGCAAUUCUUAUAAAAUGUUUGUUAACAGCACAUAAAAGUAUUGUGCAUUUUAAUGCAAAUAAUAAAAUUUAUGUUGAGUAAUCGUUAAAUAAUUAUUUACGUUACAAAUGUAUGAUUAAAUAGUUAAUUAAUAAAAAAAAUAUAGAAUUAUUAGUAAUUUGUACACAAUGACAAACUGUUUGUAAAUAACUCAUUCUAUUAAUUUGAGUUUUAUUAUGUUUAUUAGUGAACCAGCUUAUAUUAAAGCAUAACAAAUGAGAUAUUUGCUGCCAGUAAAAAGAAAAGUAUUUUAUUCUGUUAGCUAAUGUGGUCAUAUGUAAUAAUGUAUAAUCAUUUUAACUGUGGUACAGAAGUUAAGAAUUUUCUUUGUAAUAUCAAAGUUAGGAAUAUAUGUUAAACAGUUCAAUAAAAUUUAAACAUCAUUAUCAUUGUUCAUAUAGAUUACAUCAGUAGAUCUACUGGCAAAUAUAAUUAUUAAAAUUAAA